AUGGACUCCGUCGCCGAGAGCUUCGUGACUCAGUCGGCGGUCAGCGACAACCUGAUCACCAUCCUCAGCAUAGACGGAGGCGGUGUCAGAGGCAUCAUCCCGGCUACCAUUAUCGCCUUCCUGGAGAAAGAACUUCAGGUAUGUUAAAGAAAGAGCAGAUGCCUGUUCCACGGCGUCCAACCGAGCGGCACUUCUCCCAGAUGCAUUCAUACCAAAAACCUAUAAAUUCAUAGUCUUCAUUCUUCGCAGUUAACUAAAAAAUACUGAUUAGUAAGACUUUCAGACACGUCGUUAAAAAUUUGGAGAACACCACCGAAUGCAUGCAUCGUUCGAAUUUUUUUCAUUAUUUCUCGUUUUUUCCUACGGAUGUAUUGAGUAGGGAGACAUUGGCCAUCCAUUCUCAACAUUGCCGGGCUGUUCUCACGCGUAGAUUCAUUCCGCUUACUUUCGACAGGAGCUCGACGGGGAGGAUGCGAAGAUCGCAGACUACUUCGACGUGAUUGCAGGGACAAGCACCGGGGGCCUCGUGACGGCCAUGCUGACGGCUCCCAAUGAACACAAUCGCCCCAUCCUAGCCGCCAAAGAUAUCAAGGACUUCUACCUUGAGAACUGCCCUAAGAUUUUCCCCCAGAUCAGGUAACUACCGGGAUUACAGCACGGAAAAUUCCUGGUUGUCGUUUAUAUGAUCUCAGUAUGUCUUACAUCGGCCUCCUGAUACAUCGUAAUUUGUGGAACCAGGGGCCCGCUCGCCGGAAUCCGCCAACUGAUCAAUGGUAUCACAGGACCGAGAUAUGAUGGAAAAUACCUUCACAAGCUUAUAAGGGAAAAACUGGGAAGUGUUAAGUUAGGGGACACACUGACAAACGUGCUCAUUCCGGCCUUCGACAUCAGGAAUCUCCAACCCACUGUCUUUUCCAGUUCUGAGGUGUGCACGUCAGUUUUAACCCGAGGAGCUGCCAUUGUUUUUCCUAUCUCUCUCUCUCGCUCUCUCUCUCUCUCACUCGCUCUCUCUCUCUCUCUCUCACUCACUCUCACUCUUUUUGGAUGCUUUCUGAACAACUGGAAUGAACUGAUCUCAGGCGAAGAACGGCAAUUGUUUGAAUGCGACUCUCUCCGACGUCUGCAUUAGCACCUCAGCCGCCCCCACCUACCUGCCGGCCUACUACUUCAACGUACAGACACCUCGUGGGGGGAAGAGGGAGUUCAACCUUAUCGACGGAGGCGUGGCCGCAAACAAUCCGGUGAGGCAUUAGCGUAGUUUAUUUGUUUCUUCCAAUGCGGGGACAAGAUAGCUGUGAUGGACUAAAGGAAUGCACGUACAGCCUCUUAACUGACGAGGAAGAUGCCCUGUAGGCACUGCUUGCUAUCAGAGAUAUGACCAAGGAGACGAGAAGGAAGAACCCGGAGGUGGGCAAUUCUGAGCAGCUGGACUUAAAGAAGGUUCUGCUCGUAUCCCUGGGCACCGGUACGACGCAGAUGGACAAGUACAGCGCGGGAGAUGCCGCGAAGUGGGGUAUAGUCGGAUGGUUGAACAACCAGGGGUCGAAUCCCUUAAUCGAUGUGUUCACCCAAGCGAGCGUGGACAUGGUCGACCUUCAUAUCUCCGCCGUCUUCCAGACCCUGCGUUGUGAGGAAAACUACUUGAGAAUCCAGGUUAGUCUUAUCUUCUGUGUUCUGCGGUACGCACGUACACAUACAGACGCGCGCAGACACACACGCGCACCCAGGUUUCAACCCUAAAUAAAUCGGUGUUCUUUCUGUCAAUCAUGGAUUCACAAGAGAUAUUGUGAAAACGCAGGACGACACGCUCUCCGGGGACGCUUCGUCCGUCGACAUCGCAACAAAGGAGAAUUUAGGGAAGUUAGUGAAAAUCGGAGAGGACUUGCUCGACAAACCAGUUUCGAGGGUCAAUCUUGACACCGGCCGGAAUGAACCUGUAGGAGCGGAGAAAAACAGAGAAGCCCUUAAAAGGUAACGGUCAUUCAUCUAAAGAAUUUAUGCGGUGUACAGAUUUUUUAUCAAGCAUGUUCGUUUCGACAUUGACAACCACAUCUGAUCCGCCAUUUAUCACUCAUCUUAGACAAACGUUGAAAAAUUUCCACACUAUACGCUACCAUCCAAAUUAUAUCGUGAAUACUUCACCUGAUCUUCCUUCUCAUGCAGAUUUGCGAGGAUGCUGUCGGAUGAGAAAAGGGUUCGUCAAAAAGCGCAGCUGAAGGCGUGA